UCGAAUUCUGAAGCCAAAAGCUGCAAUGGCACCACUCGGGACUUUACCUGUUGUGGCCUCGUACCCUAGCGGGGAGGAGAAAAGCUGUUCGUGCCUGGUCUUAUUCAGCGGGUGCGUGGUGUUUUCGACUGGAUGUCGUUAUUUUCAUUACGUUUUAGUUUGUUAACGUUUGCCCCUACACACACAUUACCCCCCCUCUCCCAUGACUCUCUCCGCCAACGCCUUCGAGGCCUCGUUUCGUUUUUCUCCCCCCCCCGGCUACAGAAUUUUUCUGGCUUGGCCCCUCUUCUCCCGCCAGCGCGGUUGAGAUGUAAGUUCUCCACCGCUCUAGAGAGGAAGAGAGAGAGAGAGAGAGAGAGAGAGAGAGAGAGAAAAUUUAUGGAGGAGCACCUGGGCAGAUCGGUGGACCAAGAGGCCAACAAGCAUGGAAGCUCAAGCAAGGUCGUCGUCGCCGAGGCCGUGCGUGGGCAGCGAACACAGCGUGCACACACCCUGGGGAUGGUCGCGUAUGUGGAGAAACCAGCCAGCCAAGAGCCUGUUGCAAAAAAGAAUGAUUGUCCUUGUGAUCAACUUUUUUGGCUGGCGCACCCUACGUCAGGCAGGCCAAGGAUGACUUGCGCCGUAGUUGGGAAAGGUCGCGCAAUAGCUGCUGCUUGCAGCCGAGAAUCCCAUCCUUGCUCUCCUCCGUGGGAAGGAAUGGGAAGCAUAGGUAAAACAAAGACUGGACCAGAUAUUGUGUGCUGCUGUUGUGUGUUCCUUCUCGAGUCCCUAUAAAGCUCCUUUGUCCCGUCAGACACCACCCCUCUAGCUCGCCCAUUCCUACCAUACAGUCAUACAUACACACGUAUAAACCGGAGAAUUGAAUUCUUGAGAGCAAUCACAGAGUCUCACUUUUUGCUUACGGCACCAUUCGCAUACCAAUUCAACCCGACAUUCCAUCCAAAGAGCGAUUGCGCUUAAGACUACCUUAGACGGAACAAAGUACACGAAACACUUCCCGAAUCUCACAGAGACGUUUACUGCACACUCCCUCAAACCAUA